UUCUCAUGAUAGCAGGCUGCGAGAUAGACUUCCCGCGAAUCCGGAAGAUGGGUGGUCUGUGUCUUCGACUGACGGUUUUGCCUGGCGUGUCGGAGGCUUUCGCAGUGGCCUUGCUUUCCCGUAUUCUUUUCGAUUUUCCGUUGCCGUGGGGGCUCACGUUGGGUUUUAUUUUAUGACCGAAAAAGAUCAUUCCUAAUAAUCUUCCGUUCCUUAUUUUACCUAGGUCCCCCAUCAUCCUCGGACGGAGGCGAGCAUGUGCCUGUGGGGCUCGUUGAGAAGGAUCCACAACCUAACCUAACCUAACCUCUCUUCAGGAUCAUACUUUAAUCCUUCUCGGAGCAGUCUCCCCUGCAGUUGUCUGCGGUGGAAUGUUUGCGUUGCAAAAACAGAACUACGGCGUCGCCAAAGGCAUUCCCUCG